AUGCCCGUGACACAGUUCGACUUCAAGGAGAAGUAUCGUUACCAGAACGGCUUCAACUCCUACCUCGAGACCGAAGCAGUGCCUGGCGCCCUCCCUGUCGGCCACAACUCCCCCCAAAAGCCGCCUCACGGCCUCUACGCGGAGAAGCUCUCCGGAACCGCCUUCACCGCGCCUCGACACGAGAACAAGCAGACAUGGCUGUACCGCAUCCUCCCCUCCAGCGCACACCCUCCCUUCGCCCCCGCUACAGACCAGCCGCUCAACGGCCACACCGAGCCUGGCCAGGCUGUCGACUUCAAGGAGUCCGCCGCUACCAAGAUGCACUACAUCCCGAACCAGCUGCGCUGGGACCCGUUUGACCACGGCUCCGGCGACACCGACUUCGUGUCUGGUCUACACCUCGUGGCUGGCGCUGGCGACCCCACCAUGAAGAGCGGGCUGGGCAUGUACAUCUUCGCGGCGGGGCGGUCCAUGGAUCCCAACCACGCCUUCUACUCCGCCGACGGGGACUUUCUCCUUGUCGCGCAGGAGGGAGUGCUGGACAUCCGCACCGAACUGGGCUGGCUCCUCGUCCGCCCCAUGGAGAUCGCCGUGAUCCCCCGCGGCGUCAAGUUCGCCGUCUACCUGCCCGACGGCAAGCCGAUCCGCGGCUACGCCCUCGAGCUGUACCAGGGCCACUUCGUCCUCCCCGAGCUCGGCCCCAUCGGCUCCAACGGCCUCGCCAACGCCCGUGACUUCCAGGCCCCCCUGGCGAGCUUCGACGAGGAUUUUGGCUCCGUGGCAUCAGACGACGGCGGCGCCCACGAGCACCUGGUCACGGUCAAGUUCGCCAACAGCCUGUACGCGACGCGCCAGCGGCACACCCCGUUCGACGUCGUGGGCUGGCACGGCAACUACUACCCGUACAAGUACGACCUGGGCCGCUUCAACACCAUUGGCUCCAUCAGCUUCGACCACCCGGACCCGUCCAUCUUCACCGUGCUGUCGGGCCUGUCGGACCACCCGGGCACCGCCAUCGCCGACUUUGUCAUCUUCCCGCCGCGCUGGCUCGUGGGCGAGGACACCUUCCGCCCGCCCUGGUACCACCGCAACACCAUGUCCGAGUUCAUGGGGCUGAUCUGCGGCGGCUACGACGCCAAGAAGGGCGGUGCCGGCGGUUUUGUGCCCGGCGGCGCGAGCCUGCACAACGUCAUGAGCGGCCACGGCCCGGAUGCCGACAGCUACGAGGGCGCGCGCAACGCCGAGCUGAGGCCCGCCAAGGUCGGUGACGGGAGCUGUGCCUUUAUGUUUGAGAGCUGUCUGAUGGUGGGCGUCACAGAGUGGGGGCUGAAGAAGUGUGCCAAGGUCCAGGAGGAGUAUAGCCAGCACAGCUGGGGCGGCCUCAAGGUCCACUGGAAGAGGCCAGAGGGAGCCAAGGCGGACGGGCACUUGUUGAAGUAA